AAGCCAACAACUAAAAGUACAUGAAGAUCUACUGCGUGAACGAUUGCCAUUCCACCACCAACUUUUCAAAGAGAUGUAGCAGCCCUACGCAAGCAGUGAUCGCAUCACACCCAACUCGAUCCACGGUCUACCCAACUUAUAUAUAACCUAUCAUUGCAUGCUCAUCGAUCAGUAACCGAGCCAUCACCCACCACGCACCAUCCGAUUUACCAAAGCGAGUAGGCAGUAAUUCGCUUGACCACCUGACGUCUGCCAUGGCGACGGCGGCGGCGAGCAGCCAGGAGCACGAGGAGGCGGUGACGUGCGUGGACUUCUGGUGCAACGGGUUCGGGAUGCGGGCGCGGAUCGCGCUGCGGGAGAAGGGGGUCCCCUUCGCCUUCGUCGAGGAGGACCUCCGGGUCCGGCGGCGGAGCGACCUCGUGCGCCGCAUGAACCCGGUCCUCCGCUCCAUCCCCAUCCUCAUCCACGGCGGCCGCCCGGUCUGCGGCUCCCUGAACAUCGUCGAGUACGUCGACGAGGUCUGGAGCGGCGGCGGCGGCCGCCGCCUGCUCCCCGCCGACCCGAUCGAGCGGGCGCGCGCCAGGUUCUGGGCCGACUUCGUGGACCGGGAGGUGUACGGCGCGCAGACGAGGCUCUUCACGAGCCGCGGCGAGGCGAAGGCGGCGGCGGCGGCGGAGCUCCUGGGGCACCUCCGGCGGCUGGAGGCGGUGCUCGGGGACGGGGCCUUCUUCGGCGGCGGCGAGCUCGGGUUCCUGGACGUCGCGCUGGUGCCGUUCUCGGCCAUGUUCCACGGGUACGAGCGGCACGGCGGGGUGGACAUGGCGGCGGAGUGCCCCGCGCUGGUGCGGUGGGUGGCGAGGUGCGCCGAGCGGGAGAGCGUGCGCGGCGUGCUCCCCUCGGGCCACGACAUGUACGAGAUCCACAGGGAGUUUUACAAUAUUGAUGAGUGAGUGAACGGACGGGGCCAUAAUGUACUAGUGUGACAGCUAUAGCUCUGGUACUUUUAAGCAAGUUAUUAGUAUUCUUUUAAUGAACGUUAAUAAUCCAUCGACGUCGAGGCACAUGCUCGAUGAUCUCGUUAUCUAAUACAAAUGUACAACUCCAAUCUCUUGUAGACACUCGUAUGUCAUGACCUGGCCAAGGGCACAUAAUAGGAGUAAUAAUUGGGUUGGUGUUCUGGGCUUGUAAACCUGUAUGCGUUGGGCUUGGCCCAUGUAAUGAACCUUAUAUACUUUUGGUUUGGCUGUA